AUGGGGGCGGGGNUCAACAACCACAGUCCCCGCUGCGUGCUGCCCGUCUGGCUGGACUUCGAGGGCCGGCCGCGCUGCUACCCGGUCCUGCGGCCGCGCAGCGGACGCGUCAUGCACAGCUACCGGGGGCACCUCUGGCUGUUCCGGGAUGCAGGGACCAAUGACGGGCUGCUCGUGAACCAGCAGGAGCUGUUUGUGGCGGCCCCCAAUGUGACCAAAGCUGACAUCACACUGCCAGUGUUCACCCUGAAGGAGAGAUGUCUGCAGGUUGUGCGCAGUCUGGUCAGCCCAAUGAACUACAGGAAACUGGACAUUGUUCAGUCAUUAUAUGAAGAGCUGGAGGAUCGUCCUGAUAUUUGGAAGGAUCUUCAGCGGAUUUCUCUGCAGAGGAAUGAAGGAUUGAGGAGCAAAAGUGUGGAACAACAUGGUUACUCACUUCAGAGUCCUCAGUAGCAAACCACUGAAUCUGAGCAGCAAGAGUCGCCAGGAGACGCACCAGGAUUCUUGCCUGGCAGAUCUCAGCCACACAGACCAGAUCCUAGUUUUGGGACACCCUUGUCCCCUACAGCCGUGUCCCCAGCAGCCUGUACAGGGUUCACAGGAGGUAAAUGCUUUAAGUUCUGUCUUUUCCCCUCGCAGUGCUGUAGUCCAGGUCAUAGGAGAGGCCUUUUCAGGGAGCAGGCAGCUCUUGAGCUGCCUGUGUCUUCUCAGGACCAAUGGGAGCUGUACUGACUCACGCAGCCAGUUCACUGUAAUAGACAGAAACUCCUUUGUUCGCCUAAAUAUAUAGAUAUGAUAUGAUGCUUUGCAAAAUUGUGCUUUGUGUGUAAAAUAGGGAGGAAGUUGAAGGCCGCUAAAUCGCUGAGGCUCACAUAAUAAUUAACAGCCUAGCAGAGAGUCCUGGAAUGCCAGGACGAGAUAAGCCUUAAACGGAAAACAGUGAGAAAAGGUCAGCAGAGUAAGAGUGAGGAAGACUUGGAGCCUUCAUCCUACGACCACCAGAGAGCAGAAAACGACCCCCUAAUAACCAGAGACACAUGCACAGAGACGCCGGAGAAAGGACACGUAACCCGAAAGCCAAGACACUUAAAAGGAGAAACGCAGGAGCGGGAAGCGUGGCAGUUUCGCGGAGAAGAAAUUUUUACCUUCUCCCUGCUGCCUGGCGCCGACUUUUGCUUAUUGCUGGCUUGCUGUAAUUAAUAAAACCUUUCCUUAUAUAUCUCUCUCUAGUGCAUUCAUAACAUUCGCAAACAGGGCCAUGCUAGUGGCAGGCUAGAGAAAGAGAUAAUAUUUCUUUGCCUGUAUUCUGUUCCCACAUCUCAGUGGAAUGCGUGAAUGCAGAGAGUUCAUAGAGUGCUACAUGAAUUGUCCAUUGAGCAAGAUGUGGUGCAGCUCAGGUUAGAAACAGAUUGGCUGGAGAUUGAUUACAGCAAGUUAUUUCUGUGAAUACAUUUCCUUCCAGCUGUACAUUCUAAGAGUAGCUGUGAAACCGAGAAUCUCAAUGUAUUUUGUAAGUAUGGAAUGUCUACCUAUUUGUAAACUUGUUUUUCUUACAUGUUUGAAGAAACUGAUCUUUGACAUAAAAUGGAAAUGCAUGCUAGCUUUCUGACUGUAAUUCUGUCAGGUAACUCCCCAGUGCCUCUCUGUUUGUAUUCCUGUGAUACUCUGACAGUUGUUGUGGUUGAUCAGUAAACAGACACUUUAGCCUGUUGCUGCAGGGCUGUGUUGUGGCUCUCGUGAGCUGUCAGCACAGCUUCAGGCAGUGUCUGGGCAGGAACGGUGCUAGUCAAGUUCUGUUCUUACCACCUCUCACACAUCUCUGAGGGGAAAGUGAGCCCAUGGAGGCCUCUGGAGCAGGCAUGGGUCAGUGCCCUAGGGAGCCUGAGGGUCAGAGAGUGCUGUGCUCUGCUCCUGACCAUACCUGAGAGCAGCUUCCCUCCUGCUGUCAUGAGGCUGUGCACUGCAGUCAGCACUGCAGCACUGACAGACCCUGGCAGGACGCUGGCCUGCUUGGCAGCUUUUCCUGUAACCCAGCUGGUAUUAGGUGUUGGGUUUAACAGUCUGUACGUGGCACACUCGUUCUGUGUGUUUCUGAGUUGGGUGGGGUCUGUGAUUCCUUGUGUUUCUUAUUAGACUGUAUUCUUCUGUUCUGGAGUGUUCCUUUGGAUCAGAAUAAAAGAUUGGAGAAGCCGCAGCUGGCUUUAACAUGCGAA